AUGUCUUCCUCCGCUGCGACCGAGACUCAGCAAGUCGAGGCCACUGCGGCGAUACAGUUGCAGCAGCGGCCAGAUUCGUCCUCUCUCGACCCCAGUCCCGUCCACGAACUUCCUCCUCGUCCCGUCCCUUCGUCAGAUCCGCGACUCUCCAUCGGCCAAGACAGAAGCUCCGCAAACUCGCCGCCAACCGACAACAACGAUGAGCACGACUUGUUCAGGCUCGAGCCGGCCGAGGCGCUGCAGCUCCUCAGCGCCAGCGUCGAGCUACUGGUUCGCAUCACCGGCGAUGUCCCUCCGACGCCGCCGCCCAAGACGCCCACCGACCCUCAGAUGAGCAACAUGCAGGUCGAGAAGGAGAACAUUGCGCGAUCGCACUCGGAGAAGAGCCUGGCGCGACUACGAGCCCAGGCCCUGCGAGAGGAGCAAGAAGAGAAGCUUAGAAAGCAGCGACACCAGCAGCAGGAACUACAAGAGAAGCUGCAGAAACACAGCCAAAAGAGUGGCUCGUCGUCGGUAGGCAAUCUAAGCAAGCUCCAGGCGUACAGCGCGUCCAUGUCAGCACAGCUGAUAGCCCAGCAGGACGCUUAUGCGCAGUCGAUCGACGGCGUGCGAUUGAAACACAACUCCUUGCGACACGCGAACCCUUCCUCGUCCGCCCCGAACCUGCAUCCCCCGGAACCCUACAUCGUCGUUGGAGCCGACUCGCAGCCGCUCAACCUGCAGCACGGCGCCAUCACCCGCAAGUUUUACAGCAAAAACGAACCUCCCAUCUCGGUCAACCAGUAUCUGCUGCGGCUUCACCAGUUUUGUCCCAUGAGCACGGCCGUCUAUCUCGCCACUUCGCUGUACAUCCACCGCCUCGCCGUUGAGGAGCGCGCCAUCCCCGUAACGAGACGAAACGCACACAGACUGGUCCUCGCCGGCCUGCGGGUGGCCAUGAAGGCACUCGAGGAUCUGUCCUACCCGCAUACAAAGAUUGCCAAGGUCGGCGGCGUGAGUGAGGUCGAGCUGGCGAGACUGGAGAUUAGCUUCUGCUUCCUGGCUGGGUUCGAGCUGGUCGUGGGAGAAGAGAUACUGAAGAAGCAUUGGCAGGUGUUGAGAGAAGGCAAAGUAGGGCGGAUGGUGGACGGCGUGGAAGUUCCGCUGCUGAAGCUGGACAAGAAGAGAAAGACGUCGCGGGAGGUCCAUCAGCUGAUGUCGUGA